UUUCUCUCUCUAUCUAUAUAUAUAUAUAUAUAUAAGUGAUGAGUUGAUGAAAAGAAAACCUAACUGUGUUUCUGUGUUUAACAAGAACAGGAACAAAGAUACAAGUACUCCAGUCUUUGCGCCGCCAUAGCGCCGAAGUAAUCUGCCGGUAUCUGAACCUUCUAUAGCUGGUAUGGGUAGUUCUGGGUCAGGGAAUGAUGGGAUGAAAGAGCAAGACCGACUUUUGCCCAUUGCAAAUGUUGGGAGAAUUAUGAAACAAAGCUUACCGCCGAAUGCUAAAGUUUCGAAAGAAUCUAGAGAAACCAUGCAAGAAUGUGUUUCUGAGUUCAUAAGUUUUGUUACAGGUGAAGCAGCAGAUAGAUGCCGCAAAGAGAAACGAAAAACGGUAAAUGGUGACGACAUCUGUUGGGCUAUUAGUACACUAGGUUUAGAUGAUUAUGCUGAACCUUUGAAAAGGUACUUGAGCAAAUAUAGGGAAUUAGAAGGAGACAAAGCUAACCAAAAUAUUGGUAGUAGUAGUUAUCAUGCUGAUGAAGACGAAACCUCGGCCUUUGAGAAUGGUGGUCGUCCUAUGGUUCCUAAUCCUUUGGAUUUCAAUAUGUUCGGAAAUAAGGGCACCAUUAAUAAAGGCUCUAGCUCAAGGCCAAAUUAAUACCGAUCUCAUACAAUGUAGCGCAUGAGUGCUAGCAAUGUUUCCUAUCUACAAGUACUGACUGAUCUGAAAACUAUGCAGAUGCUAUAUUAGUAAACAAGAUAUAUUAUUAUUAGAUACCGCUUUGCUGAAAGAGAUCGAUGUUCAUGAUCUUUAUUUACUACAUAUAUAUAUAUAUGGGAGUAGUCGUAUUACUACCUACUCUUGAAUAAAAACUUAGUAUUUGUGCUUGUAAUAUUUGUGUGGAAAAGUAUGUAAGAAACUUGAGAUCAAUUAUGAUGGUAUGUUUGCUUAAAAA